AUGUCACUAUGGGAAACAUUGUCUGAUCUAUUAUAUUCUUCAACAUCUGUUGCUGCUGAUUUGUUAAAACGUACAAAUGAUAUGGAAAAUCGACAAGAUGAAUUAGAAAAAUUUGCAUAUGUUUUUAAUUAUAAAAAUCGAGAAUUAACAAAUGAAAUAGCUCCUCGACAACAUCAAGUUAAAGCUUUAAUUGAACAAUAUAAUUAUAUGGAUAAUGAAUAUGAUAUAUUAUGUCAAAAUAAUGAAAAAUAUUCAAUAAAAAUAGCUGAUUAUAAAAUUCAUAAGUUCUACGAAAUAGUUGCAAAUAUGAAAAAAGAUUUAAAAUUAUGUCGUCAUUUAAUUGAUAAAUCAAAACAAUUAAUCAAAAUUAUUUGA